CGUGAACCCAUUUGUCUGCAUACUAUAACUAAUCCUAUUCCUAUUCCUAUUCCCAUCACACCAAGAAAGAAAACAACCACCACCACUCCCACCACCACUCAUGGCCGGCGGAGACGCCACCGUCGCCGGAGACCCUACUCAGGCGGCUCUCCGCCUUGUUCGCGACGUGCUACGGUUGUCUGCUGCCGGGUUUGGAGGUGCCUUCAAGAGGGACUGUACAGAUCUGGCUCGGAGGGUCUCUCUUUUGGCUCAUUUGCUUGAAGAAAUUAGGGACUUCAAGACCGAUUUGAGGCCUUUGGAUGUUCCAGCUGCUUCGUCUUCAUCAAAUUCGAGUUUCUUGUCUGAUCUCACUACGGCAAUUCAGGCUGCCAAGCGACUCAUCUCCUCUGCUUCCAACUUCGAUUCCAAGAUCUAUUCUGAUUUGGCUUCCAAGAAAAUUUCCUUUCAGUUUCAAUGUGUGACGUGGAAAUUAGAAAAAGCAUUGGGAAACUUAGCAUAUGACCAGUUUGACAUCUCAGAGGAAGUUCAGGAACAGGUUCAAUUGGUGAGAGCACAGUUGAGAAGAGCCACUGAAAGAUGUGGUGGGCCUCUGAGUUCAACAAUAUUAUCUCGUGCCUUAUCGCAGCCACUAGACAGAGAAAUUGAUCUGCAACCACUCGGCCGUAGGGUAAUGGGAAGUCUGCAUGUCAAAAAUAUCGGUAAUAUUGAUCAUGAAGUUAAAGUGAAGGUGCCUCCUAUUCCAAAAGGCAAUGGUUCGAAAGACCAUAGUGUGAAUCAAAUAAAUCAUGAAUCAGAAAGGCCAAAGAACUCGUCUGCAUCGUCUGAGGUUUGUCAACAUAACAGUGUUGAUGCUGGUGGGAAAUUAAACACAAACAGAAAUCACAUGGAGGAGAAUAAAAAACCUGACUCUCCUCUCAUUCCCGUUGAUUUUCAUUGCCCAAUAUCUCUAGAACUAAUGAGAGAUCCUGUUAUUGUGGCCACAGGACAGACUUAUGAGAGAUCAUACAUACAAAGAUGGAUAGAUUGUGGCAACACGACGUGCCCAAAAACACAGCAAAAACUCCAAAAUCUCACGCUUACCCCAAAUUAUGUUUUGAGGAGCCUAAUUAGCCAGUGGUGUGCUAAGCACAAUAUUGAACAACCAAUGGCAUUGACGACGGGGCGGAUAAAAAAGAGUGAUGGAUCGUUCCGUGAUGUUAGUGGGGACAUAGCAGCCAUUGAAGCACUUGUUCGCAAGCUCUCAAGCCAAUCCAUUGAGGAACGCAGGGCGGCGGUUUCCGAAAUCCGAUCACUAUCGAAAAGAAGCACGGAUAAUAGGAUACUAAUAGCAGAGGCAGGAGCUAUUCCACUGCUGGUUAGCCUAUUAAUAUCAGAUGAUUGUUUAACACAAGAAAAUUCAGUCACUUCCAUUCUUAACCUCUCUAUAUACGAAAACAACAAAGGACUCAUAAUGCUUGCUAAUGCCAUCCCAUCGAUUGUACAAGUCCUUAAAGCUGGAAGCAUGGAAGCAAGAGAGAAUUCAGCAGCAACCCUUUUUAGCUUGUCGCUCGCAGAUGAAAACAAAAUCAUAAUCGGUGCAUCGGGGGCGAUACCCGCUUUGGUAGAAUUGCUCGAGAGUGGAAGUGCAAGAGGGAAGAAAGAUGCUGCAACAGCAUUGUUUAAUUUGUGUAUUUAUCAAGGAAACAAAGGCAGGGCCAUGAGAGCAGGGAUUAUCACUGCAUUACUGAAAAUGCUUACCGAUUCAAGUGAUUGUAUGGUGGACGAAGCUCUGACUAUACUAUCGGUUCUUGCUAGCCACCCAGAGGCUAAGAUUGCCAUUGCAAAAGCUAGCACCAUACAGGUCUUGAUUGAUCUUUUGAGGACAGGUUUGCCUCGUAAUAAAGAGAAUGCAGCUGCUAUUUUACUUUCCUUAUGCAAGAGAGUCACUCAGAAUCUUGCUUGUGUAAGUAGGCUUGGUGCUGUAAUUCCUCUGACCGAGCUUUCCAAGAGUGGCACUGAAAGAGCCAAGCGAAAGGCUACUUCAUUGUUGGAGCAUCUUCAAAAGUUGCAACAGCUCUAACAGGUACUAGUUGUUUCUAUGGCUUUUUCUCUUUUCUUUUUUUCUUUUCCUUUCAUUUUUCCAUUUUUUCCCCCCUCACAAUUGAUGUUAUGAUUCCUUUCUGGGUGUGAAAACUGAGUAUAUAAGCAUGAGAAUACAAGCCUAUUCUCAUAGCUGCUUGUGUGUUCUUUACAAGUGUGAUAAAAUUUCAUGCAAUCUGUUGUUUGUUUCAAAAUUCUUUACUAGACAGAAGACUGUUCUCUUCUCUUUUUUACUGCUGGGAUGAAUAUGAACACUCCCAAUUGGUUGACAUAUUUUUUAAGGAAGCGAAUUUAUCAUUUUUUUCCC